AUGCCUACGAGAUACCAAGCAACAGCGACACAGAACACCGGCUCAGAUAUCUUGCACAAAUGCCAGGCAACCCAGGAGCGCCUCGAUGCCAAGGACAUUACCCAGAUGAUCAAGAUUGGAUACCCAGUGGCCUCGUUUUCUUGUGAAGUAGGCGAAAGAACUUCCAGCCAAUAUGAGAUUUCAUCCGACCAGCCUUCCUUCCAAAACAUGUUCUAUCGACAACUGAAAAUGACGGACCCAAAAGUCCUACAAUCUCAGGGCCACAUGUUAGUCGACAACCCAGUUGGAGCUCAAGUAAGGGCUCUCGAUAUGCCCCUCUUGUUCGAGCUGACCCAAGGAGAAGUUGCUGAAAGCAUUGGCGUGGACCGAGCCACAGAAAAGGACAUGGAAGGGGAAGACGAUCUCCUCUGCGAGUAUUCGCGUUCAAGCGACUCUCGAGCAGGCAAGCUUCGAGCCAAACGAUCCGGCCUCAUUCGUCAAGGUGCUAUAUUACCUGGCAUCUCGACUUUCCUCCUCGCCGGAACUGCCAUACAAAGGAGACUUUCGAAAUUCGACAGACUUGUGUCUAUCAUGAGUUCAGCCGAAGGAGCAAGAAUCAGAGCUUCGCGCCAAGCCGGGCGGAAACCGACAAACUCAUCAAUAAGGUGA